UGGCAACACUUGCCAUAUUCAUCCUCAUCUGAAGAAAAUUCCCUUCUCGAAUCCGCCAUUGUUAAGAGCUUCAUUUUCUUCACCACUGCAUACAUAGUUCAUAGCUUGUUAUCACAUACAGAAGUGAGGUAUGGGUAGUGUUUGUGCAGAGCAGCACAAGUUCCACCACCUCUUCAGCCCCAAGAACAAGGCCGGUCUCGACAUCCCCCCGAGGAAGCUCCUCAGCCGCCGCACUGCUGCUGCGGCCCCAUCCUCUCCUGCUCCCGCUUCCCCCAACGCCGACAUGUUCCUCGACUCGCCACGGGGGUUUGAGAAGUUCCUGCCCUACAACACCAGCGGUGGUGGUGGGUCCGACUCGGAUGACUCCGACCCGGACCCCUACUCGUCGGAUAACUUCCGCAUGUAUGACUUUAAGGUGAGGCGGUGCAACAGGAGCCGGAGCCAUGACUGGACUGACUGCCCGUUUGCCCAUCCGGGUGAGAAGGCCCGGCGCAGGGACCCCAGGAGGUAUCACUACUCUGGGACCGUGUGCUCGGAGUACCGCCGCGGGUCCUGCAGCCGCGGAGACAACUGCGAGUUCUCGCACGGCGUGUUCGAGUGCUGGCUCCACCCCUCUAGGUAUCGGACCGAAGCAUGCAAGGACGGAAAGAACUGCAAGAGAAAGGUGUGCUUCUUUGCGCACUCGCAGCGCGAGCUCCGCAUCCUCCCUCUCCAGGCCGAUAACUCCCCGGAAGACCCCACUGACAGGAGCAAGUACCGGGGCUUGGCCUCGUUGGGACAGCAUCAUCUGAGCUGCCUCUUCUGCCACCACUCGUCCGCGGUCAACUCGUCCCCGACCUCCACCCUGAUGGGACUCUCCCACGUCUCAUCUCCCGCAGUCUCUCCGUCUCAGUCCCUCUCUCCACCGCUCUCCCCUAUGAAGCACCGCUCAUCCCUUGGCAACAUCUCCCCCGUUUCCCACUACGGGGACCGGCUUACCGACUUGCUGAGUUACAAGGACGUGCUGAAUGAGAUAAUGGGCUCCUUGGAUGUCAUGAAGGUUAGCGAUGUCCCUAGCAGCGACCUGCGUCACAAGAGGAACGUCCCGUGGGUGGAUGUAUCGUUCCCCGGGGAUGACCAGACACAGUUCAUUCUUUCCCCGGCGGCGCCAAGCCCCGCAUCGGCUCCUGGAGAUUCCUUCCGCUUUGCGGAUGGCAGGCUAGGGUUUUUGGACGACUCCUACAAGGUCAGUAAAAACAAUGCUGGGGACGGACUGGUUGCUGCUUCCGAUCCCGAUCUCGGGUGGGUCAAUGAGCUUCUGAUGUAGCUAGAGAGGAUGACGAAAAUCGACUUGUGGAUUUGAGGAAUUAGAGCGAUCAAUGGCAUUGAUCGAUCAGACGAAGGAUACUAUCGAGUUGGUGAUUUGGAUUUGUAUAUAUAAGUUGCACCAUCCGUAUAUAUAUUUUCCAAGUAUAUGUAUGUGAAUUGGUGUGGAAUAUGAUCAUCAUGUAUUAGUUAGAUUAAUUAUGAGUCUGUGGUUCCCAAGUUGUGUAAUAUUUCUCUUUGAGAGGGUCGUGCUGUUAAUUAAUGUUGUUGAGGUUGGUGUCCUUGACUGCGGGACUAUAUGUAACAUAAUCGGGAUCGGAUAAGAGCUUCUUUUGUGUAUUUUGAUUUCGAUUGAAUAAAAUUCGAAGCUGAUUAUGAUUA